AUGCAUGUGUUCUUGUGCCCAUGUCUUGGAUUGCUGUUCUGCUUUGUUUAUGCAGAUAUAGAGCUUGAUGAAAUUAAAGCAGGUGUUGAGUUGCCUGUAGAAAUCGGAAAGCCUGUGAGUUUGCCUUGUCUUAAUAAGGUGAAACAGAAUUCUUGCAGUAAAGUGACAUGGCUGUCUAAUAAGAGUCCUACUGUUGAACUGGUCACUCUUGGCAUACGCAAAUCAGACCGGUUAGAUAGAAAAGACAGAGUGAGUCUGUUGACCGACUGCGCUUUACACUUCAGUCAUGUAAAGCCUGAAGAUCUUGGAUGCUUCACCUGUCGACAGUUUUCAGGUCUGGGUGGAACACAAAUUGAAGAGGAUGCCAGAAUUUGCUUGUGUAUUAAAAAAGACACUACUACACAAAGCUAUGAUACAACUUCUGUGGACAAUAAUAUUAGUUUAUCAGACAGCACAGAUGACAAACCGUUCAUUAUAAUCCCAUUAGUGCUUGUGGUUGGUGCUUUUUCAGUGGCUGCACUUGUUAUUGCUUGGCUCAGAAAUCACAGGAAAGCACAAAUGACAACAUCAAGUAAAAAACAAAACACACUGAAACCUGAAACCAAAACUACUACACACGAAUUCCACAAAGGUGAAGAUGUGGUGACUUACAUUGAAUUAAACCACAAUGUACUGAAACCAAGUGAAGCAGACGUAGACAAUCAAUAUCAAAAAACUGAAUAUGCAAUGAUAAAAAUGCCCUAAUUGCUCGAACUGUGAUAAAUGAACCUGAAUUGUACAUAAUAAAAUAAAAUGUGUUGCUUUCAUGGAGAAAAUGAGUCGUGUGUAGAAGUAAAUUUCUCAUUUGAGUAUAAAGAUC